AUGGCAGACACACCCUCUGUGGCAGUACAGGCCCCACCGGGCUAUGGUAAGACGGAGUUAUUUCAUCUCCCCUUGAUAGCACUGGCGUCUAAGGGCGACGUGGAAUAUGUGUCGUUUCUGUUUGUACCGUACACAGUGUUGCUUGCUAAUUGCAUGAUCAGGUUGGGCCGAUGCGGUUGCUUGAAUGUGGCCCCUGUAAGAAACUUUAUUGAAGAAGGUUGCGAUGGCGUUACUGAUUUAUACGUGGGGAUCUACGAUGAUCUUGCUAGCACUAAUUUCACAGACAGGAUAGCUGCGUGGGAGAAUAUUGUUGAGUGCACCUUUAGGACCAACAACGUAAAAUUGGGUUACCUCAUUGUAGAUGAGUUGCACAACUUUGAAACGGAGGUCUACCGGCAGUCGCAAUUUGGGGGCAUAACUAACCUUGAUUUUGACGCUUUUGAGAAAGCAAUCUUUUUGAGCGGCACAGCCCCUGAGGCUGUUGCUGAUGCUGCGUUGCAGCGUAUUGGGCUUACGGGACUGGCCAAGAAGUCGAUGGACAUCAACGAGCUCAAACGGUCGGAAGAUCUCAGCAGAGGUCUAUCCAGCUAUCCAACACGGAUGUUUAAUCUAAUCAAGGAGAAAUCCAAGGUGCCUUUAGGCACUAAUGCUACUACCACUGCCAGCACCAACGUCAGGACUAGUGCUACUACUACUGCCAGCAUCAACGUCAGGACUAGUGCGACUACCACUGCCAGCAUCAACGUCAGGACUAGUGCGACUACCACUGAAAGUACCAACUCCAACACUAAUGCUACUACCACUGAAAGUACCAACUCCAGCACUAAUGCUACUACCACUGCUAGCACCAACUCCAGCACUAAUGCUACUACCACUGAAAGUACCAACGCUAGUGCCAAGGAGGACGCCAAUAAAGAUGGCAAUGCUGAGGAUAAUAGAUUCCAUCCAGUCACCGACAUUAACAAAGAGCCGUAUAAGCGGAAAGGGAGUCAAAUGGUUUUGCUAGAGAGAAAGAAACUGAAAGCACAAUUUCCCAAUACUUCCGAGAAUAUGAAUGUCUUACAGUUUCUUGGAUUUCGGUCUGACGAAAUUAAACAUCUUUUCCUCUAUGGUAUUGACAUAUACUUCUGCCCAGAGGGCGUAUUCACACAAUACGGAUUAUGCAAGGGCUGUCAAAAGAUGUUCGAGCUCUGUGUCUGUUGGGCUGGCCAGAAAGUAUCGUAUCGGAGGAUGGCUUGGGAAGCACUAGCUGUGGAGAGAAUGCUGCGAAAUGACGAGGAAUACAAAGAAUACUUGGAAGACAUCGAGCCAUAUCAUGGGGACCCUGUAGGGUAUUUGAAAUUUUUUAGCGUAAAAAGGAGAGAGAUCUACUCUCAGAUACAGAGAAAUUAUGCUUGGUACCUGGCCAUUACUAGAAGAAGAGAAACAAUUAGUGUAUUGGAUUCGACAAGAGGCAAGCAAGGGAGCCAAGUUUUCCGCAUGUCUGGAAGGCAGAUCAAAGAGUUGUAUUAUAAAGUAUGGAGCAACUUGCGUGAAUCGAAGACAGAGGUGCUGCAGUACUUUUUGAACUGGGACGAGAAAAAGUGCCAGGAAGAAUGGGAGGCAAAAGACGAUACGGUCUUUGUGGAAGCGCUCGAGAAAGUUGGAGUUUUUCAGCGUUUGCGUUCCAUGACGAGCGCUGGACUGCAGGGUCCGCAGUACGUCAAGCUGCAGUUUAGCAGGCAUCAUCGACAGUUGAGGAGCAGAUAUGAAUUAAGUCUAGGAAUGCACUUGCGAGAUCAGCUUGCGCUGGGAGUUACCCCAUCUAAAGUGCCGCAUUGGACGGCAUUCCUGUCGAUGCUGAUAGGGCUGUUCUACAAUAAAACAUUUCGGCAGAAACUGGAAUAUCUUUUGGAGCAGAUUUCGGAGGUGUGGUUGUUACCACAUUGGCUUGAUUUGGCAAACGUUGAAGUUCUCGCUGCAGAUAACACGAGGGUACCGCUGUACAUGCUGAUGGUAGCGGUUCACAAAGAGCUGGAUAGCGAUGAUGUUCCAGACGGUAGAUUUGAUAUAAUAUUACUAUGUAGAGAUUCGAGCAGAGAAGUUGGAGAGUGA